AUGACACCUACAAUAAUGCCUGAGAAAAGAGCUAUCAAUGAAAAUGUGAAGGAAGAUGAACAACUUUCCAAAAAGUUCAAGCUAGAGAGUAAUAAUAGCAACAACAACAACAAUAAUGAAAAUCAAAAACAAGAGCAGACCCAGACCCAGAACUCGAAGCAAAAAAAUCAACAGCAGACAAAGAAGCACAAGACACGGAAAUACAAGGCAAAAACAGUGGAACUGACAAGUCCACUUGGUGUGUUGGAUCUCGAGAUUAAAUCAUUAUGCGAGGAAUAUAAUCUUACUUUAGAUGAGAUAAGAAAUGACAUGAGGGGAAUUUUGAAUGAUACUACAGUGGAGCAAGUAUACCAUAGAAUAGUUGAAGAUGUCGAAAUUUUGAAAUUUGCCUCUAAUGGUGACUCUAUUGCUAUUGUCUCGAGCCCGCAAAGUGACAAUAAGGCAAUCGAGACGACAAAGGAUUCUACAAAAGAAAAUGCAGACAAGCAUGCCGUGUUGCCCUUGCAAAAGAAGCAAGUAGUAAUUAUUCCAUUCGGAAUUCCUGGUGAUAUCGCUAAAAUCAAAAUCUUCCGUACCCACCCGUUAUAUGCCGAAGCAGAUUUAUUGGCCAUCACCAAGCCAUCAGGUAUACGGAAUGAUAACUUGAUCAAUUGCAGAUACUUUGGAAAAUGUUCAGGGUGUCAAUAUCAAAAUAUACACUACGACGAACAACUCGAGAUCAAGAAGCAGACUAUACGCAAUGCCUACAAGCAUUUUGCGCCAAUCUUGAGCGAAAAGGGAUUAUUGCCGGAUGUUGAUGAUACAGAGGCAUCACCAUUGCAAUACCAAUACAGGACAAAGUUGACUCCCCAUUUUAAUAUUGCAAAAGGGUAUGGUAAGACAGGGAAAGAAUUGGAACACAGACCAAACUUUGGGUUCGGUGCCAAGGGAAGACCCGAAUGGAGAACUGGCGAAAAGGCAAAGGAAGGAAAAAUUGGAGCCGAUUUCGGACCCCUGGGUCAAAUCAUGGAUAUCGAGGAAUGCACUAUUGGAACUAAGAUUGUCAAUAUCGGAUUGGAAAAUGAAAGGCAUAGAUUUGAGAAUGCGUUCAAAGAGUACAAACGUGGUGCCACAGUAUUGUUGAGAGAAGAUACAAAAUGUAUGCAAAAUGCUGUUCAAAAUACAGGAGAUACAACUGACACCGAUGAAGUUAAAAAUGAUGCAAAAGAAUCUGUUAUCGGUGAAGCUUCAAGAGAUGAACUGGGUGAAGUAUCAAGUAUCAAAGUGGAGCAAGGUGACCAAGAGGUGGUCAAAACAUGCGUUACAAAUCCUAGACAAAUUGUACAGGAGAUAAUCGGUCCAUAUAGGUUUGAAUUUUCUGCCGGUGAGUUCUUUCAGAAUAACAACUCCAUUUUGCCUAUUAUUACGAAAUACGUCAGAGAUAAUCUUUUCUCCAACUCCAACAAUACCACCACCAAUACCACCACCAAUAUCACCACCACCACUACAAAUACUGGCUCCUCAUCUCCCAACUACCUUGUUGAUGCAUAUUGUGGCUCUGGUUUGUUCUCCAUAACGUGUUCGACAAAUGUGACCAAAGUUAUUGGUGUUGAAGUUAGUGCCGAUUCUGUUAAAUUUGCACGUCAUAACGCCACGUUGAACAAUAUUAAAAACUCACAUUUCAUUGUUGGAAAAGCCGAAGAGAUUUUUAAGGAUAUCGAUACACCCUCUGAGCAGACUUCGGUAAUUUUAGAUCCCCCAAGAAAAGGAUGCGAUGAUGUAUUUUUGAACCAAUUGAGUGAAUACAAACCGGCAAAAAUUGUUUACAUUUCGUGUAAUGUGCAUUCGCAGGCAAGAGAUGUCGAGUGGUUCUUGAAUAACACAAAGAAUGGUGAGUUGUAUAAAGUCGAAAGUAUUAAGGGGUUUGAUUUCUUCCCACAAACACACCAUGUAGAGAGCGUUGCUGUGCUCUCUAUGAAGUAG